UGCAGUUCGUUUAUGUUUUGUUGUUUUGAGCCUACUAUGCAAUUAGGCAGAUUUGGAAAGACAGUCUGUAUAUUUUCUAUUUCUGACUCUUAAUACUCAUCAAACUCUGGUGUAGAAAUGUAAACUAUGUUGCAGCUGUGCGUUUAUUUUUCACGUCCGGGAUGGUAACACGCUCAUGAUACCGGAGAGCGCUCUGAGUGGACUGUUUACAGAAGAAAUCUCUUCAUGUGGUUUUGUGUGCCUGCACUGCCUCAUGGGUGGGUCCCUUUUGAGACUUUCUUGGACGGUGAUGCACAGACUGAGGCUGAGCAAAAGGGAGCUCUGUUCUGCACAGAGGAAAUGGGCGUUCUCCUUGGAAAGUUUGGAGUGAGUGAAUGAAAAAAAUAACGGAGGUGUGGCAAAGCUAGAAAAGACCACCAAGAGGGGCACGAGGUUGUCGAGUGCUGGAGCUGCUCAGAAACGGCUGAGAUCUGAUUCAGGGGAACAAGCAAUAUCUGGAGGAACUGAAAAUGGCAUACCUGCUGAUGUUUGUCACCCUGCUGCAUCUCAUCACACUGGCCAUGCUGUUCAUCGCGACCAUGGAGAAGUCCUGGUGGGUGUGGGACAGCAUGGAGAACUCAGACCUCUGGUACAACUGCAGGUUUGACAACUCCACCGGAACCUGGCUGUGUGCAUCCUCCAAAGAAACUGAGUGGCUUCAGGCAGUGCAGGUCCUGAUGGUGCUCUCAGUGGUCUUCUCCUCAGUCUCCUUCCUGGUGUUCCUGGGUCAGCUCUUCACCAUGUCUAAGGGUGGACUCUUCUACUUCACUGGACUGUGUCAAGUGUUUGCAGGACUGACCGCUUUUUGUGCAGCUCUCAUCUACACAUUGCGCAACAAGGACAUCCUCCCGGACUCCAAAGAACUCACUUCAGGACACUUUGGCUACUGCUUCAUCCUGGCCUGGGUGUGUGUUCCCUUGUUGUUGUGCAGUGGGAUCAUAUACAUCCACCUGCGUAAAAAGGAGUGACCAGAAAAAAGGGAAAAAAUGACGUCAACACCAGCAUUGGAAAGAAAAUAAUUAAAUUAACUUGUUUCUGAGAAAUGUUUAUUACACAGGAGUCACAAAUGCCAACGUUAUGACACGCAUACUCAGGCUUAAGCUAAUGUGAUUUUUAAAGUUUUUAUUUUGUUUGCUAUUUCUGGAAAAAAUAUAUUAGGAUGACACAGGGAACUGGUCAAACAUUUUCUGUUUGUAGACAUUUCACUUGUUUGUUUGUCCACUUUUGCUGUGUGUUGAUUAAGUAAGGCAAAUCCAAAUGGAGUAGUCAGCUAUGCAUUGUUAUUAGACAAUACAUAACAGUAUAACCGAUGAUACUGGCCUUUCUUCACUGUCUUCCAGAAGUUCCUUACCUUCGUCAACAGAAGUAGUUCCUCAUCUUUGUCUACUUCUGUAGACGAAGCUAAGGAAGUUCUGGAAGACAGUGAAGUAGGGCCAGAAGUUCCUCGCCUUUGUCUGCACCUUUAUAGACAAAGGUGUAGACAAAGGUGAGGAACUUCUGUAAUAUUGAAGAAGGGCCAGAAGUUCCUCACCUUCAUCUACACAUUCUGUAGACAAAGGUGAGGAACUUCUGUAAGACAGUGAAGGAGGGCCAGCAUAACCGGUUAUACUGUUCUGUAUUGUAUAACGAUGUUGGCCCUAUGAAUUGCUUCUAUUUUUCCCUACAGCAAACUGGAAAUGUAUAUUUUUGUACCUAAAGCUGAUGUACAAUAUAUUCAAUAGCAGCUCCGAAUAAAUAUCACACAAAAAC